GCGAUCUGCCCUACACAGCAAAAUUUAACACUUCUCACUGCUCUACCACUCUCACUCUCUCUCUCUCUCUCCUCUCUCUAGUGGCUAAUGUUAGAGAGGAGGCAGGUGUUGCCCUGCUAGAAUAUGAGCUUUCUAGCCUGGCUGAUGGAUGGUCAUUCAUGUGCACAAACAUGCAUGUGAAGUGGCUGGCUGUCUAACCAGAUAUAUAGCUGUUGGUAGCCAGUUAUUGCUGGUCGGCCGGUUUGGUGUUGUUGGAGCUAGCUGAGAGAUGACCAUGGUGAGGACGGUGGUCGGCCGGGAGAGGAGCGGCGGCGUCAGGCAGUACAACAGGUCCAAGGUGCCUCGCCUCAGAUGGACUCCCGAUCUGCACCACUGCUUCGUCCACGCCAUCCACAAGCUCGGAGGCCAGGACAAGGCUACGCCGAAGCGAGUUCUGCAGCUGAUGGGAGUAGGAGGACUCACCAUAUCUCAUGUCAAAAGCCACCUGCAGAUGUACAGAAACAUGAGAAAUGAUCUUGGAAUGCAAGGGUCGAUGCAGGUGCACCGGGCGGAUCAUCAGGAGCACAUAUACGGAAGCGGCGGCAUGCACAUAGAACUCUGCAAUGGUAUGCAGCAGCAGUGCGAUCAUGAGUGCGAUGGGCCCUGCUGCAUCUGCCGCCACUCGCCAAAGCCUAGAAAGGAGCCAAUGCUACCGCUUCACCCCCAACUGAAAAGGACGGAGCCGAGGCGUGAGCGGGAGGAGGAGGAUUACGGGAGCGCGAGCCCCAAGAGCCUGCUGCGAGGCCCAGGAAUAUGUGAGAGCGACGGGUCAUGGUGCCGCGCCCUCGCAGCAGCAGCAGCAGCAGGUGGCUACAACUACAUGCGCGUCAUGCAAGCGGCCAUGGGCAUGGCUGCUCCUCUUCCUCCUCACGCGGAGCCGGAGGUGGAGCCCCGGGGCGGCGCGGGAAUAAAGCGGCAGCAGCAGCAGCGGCCCGCCGCAGCAGACGGCGAACACGCCGCCCCUCCUCCUCCCCCCAGCGACAGCAAGCUCUUCACAUUCUUGGGCUUCGUGGUGGCGCCGGGCCCUCCCCAACCCGCCUGCUGCAGCAGCAGCCGUGACCACCCUUUUGAGAUAGCCGGCAGGACCCCCACCCAGAGCGUCACCACCACGGCGAGCCGCUUGCAAUGCAGCAGCCUGGGGACGCCAAGCCACAAGGCCGUCGAGCGCCGGGCCGCCUACAAUCCGCCGCGGCCGUCUUCGGCGCACGGCUGCGGCGGCUGCUCUCUAUCGCUGUCCCUAGCACUGGACGCUGGGAGCGGCGGGCAGUGCUGCACGUACAGCGGCGAGGAGGGCAGCCUGCUGUCGUCGACGACGUCAGCUACGUCGGGGAGCCGGAUCAGCCUCGACCUGUCGCUGUCCACGUUACACCCGUCAUCAAAUUGAUUGACCUGCGCUCUGCUUGUUGUGUAGUCUGGGCCUCGGCGGGCCUCUUGGUGUAGCGUUACUGCGAUUUUCGACUGGUUGUCGUUGUAGCUUUCGGCCCAUCCAGGCAUCCAGCCCAUAUGUAAUAGCAGCCAAGUUUCCGCUAUAAUAUAUGAUGUGCAUUAGG